AUGAAUGCUAAUCCACCACUUGCGUAUCAAAGUCUGAAAGCAGUCCUUCAUUAUAUGAAAACUACUUUGAGAAUCAAUCUCACCGGCCGGUGCCCUUCCCUUUGCUCAGUUGACAAAACAGUCCCUCUGACAAUCGAUAGUUUUGAGCCGAAAGAGCACUCAUUUUUGAUUGAUGACGAGGAAUAUAAAAUUGGACUUUUCAAGGAAUAUCCAGAAGGCAGUUGCCCGGAUUCUGCAAAACGAGACAACAAGAAUGGAGGAUUGGAAUCAGAUAUAGAUGAAUAUGGAUUUGAAGAUUGGUCGACUAGAGGAGCACUGACUCCCGGAGAUACUGAUUUGAGGGAGUGGAGGGAGAGAGAAUACAAAGUAAACCCAAGUCAAGAUGUGACUAGACUAGAUGAACACGAGAGGAAUUUGAGAGUAUACCGUGAACAACUGGCUGUUGUGGAAAGUUUUGGACCAGUUGAUCUCCGAAGCGACCCUAUCCAUUCGUCCGAGAAAAUCAAUCAGAUUAUGAAUCGCUUUAUGGGUCCUAACACAACUACGGAUCUUUUAAAUUGCUAUAGAGAAUACAAGGAAUUCGAGUUUGCACGAGCCCUUGCUCAUCAGACAUUGAGUGAUCACAUCAUGCGCUUGGAACCACUUCUCGAGUCAUUCUAUUGUCGGAGGGAUCGACGUGCGUUGCCAUUUAACAGUUUCAUCAUGCUAACUAUCAAAAAUAGUGUGAGUGGGGUGACGAAGAGAGUGGAGAUGGUGAAGUAUGAGAAGAAACUUCAUGAAGCUCUGAAAUAUUUGAUUUUCAAGAUUUUUGGCGGUCGUCUUCAUCCAGUCACAAUGAACACAAUUUAUUUAAGUGGAGAGUCUAUUAUCCGAUUCCCACCUGAACUUAAGAUCAAACUUCGCAAUAUUGAUACAUCUGCCGAUGAGAAUCUCACGUUGGAAGCGUUGAAUCCAUUUAUCGACGAGACCUGCUACCCUCUGAAGAGCAUCAAAUUUGAAGUCAGUGACUCGAGAAUCUUUGAAAAUCCUGUGGUCAGAAGUGCCGAGGAGUUGAUCGUUUCUGAACCCUUUCCACGAACUGACUGGGUCCCAAUCUUCUUAAACCUACCGAAUAAGAAGAUCCAUCUACUCUACGACGGUAAUGUGAUUUCGGUGGAUGGAUUCAUUGCCCUCAUCCGACAUUAUAUGUGUGCUGGAAAGGAGGUGGGCUCUUCGUUCACUUACGGACUUUCUGCGGAAAUAACGAUGGAAGGAGGAAACAACGAAAGCGAUGAGUUUCUUAUCGCACUAUUUAGGAAGAUCAGGAAAGAAUUCAAGGAAUCAAAAUCGUGGAAGCAACGGGCUCAUAUCCCCACGACUGACGGUAAAACCCUAGUGGUUUCAACGGUAGCUUGCGAAUAUACUGACGACUAUUGUGUUCAACUUAGAAUUGAUUCUUAA